CUACUUAAUGACGUCAUUAACAUGGCGAAUGAAUUUUGAUGAAAAUGUCGGGAAGGCCACCAAAUGAAAGAGGCAUACCCGGUCCAUCACCACAUGAUGGAGCAUCACCUUAUAAAAGAGGUAGAACAGCCUCACCCCAUCAUAUCCAGAGACCUUCAGGUUAUCCAUACGGUCAGGAACAGGCAGGUAGAUAUGGUAUGGCGCCAUCUACAGGUUAUAUAACAGCUUAUAAAUACAGAGAUCCUUACCAGCCUCAAGAACAACACCGCCAGCAGACACAUCAGUAUGAUGAAAGACUGGAAUAUGUUGCAAAACGUCGACCCACCCUAUUGCCAGAUUACCAUCAUCAUCAAGCUGAACGAUCCGAGGCAUAUCCUCAAUAUAGUCAAGACAUGGCAGCUGUUAUCCCAACCAGAAUAACAACGGGAGGAGGGGGUGAUAUGGGUCCUCAAGUUGCUAAGCGACCACGUCUGAUAAAUCGACCUGACCUUCUUCAACCAUUACAUGUAGAUACCCAAAUAGAGGUCAAAAGGGAGCCAGCAUAUAAUCCACAAGUAGAAGCUAUUUCACCAACUGAUGAACCUGUAGGUAAAUCACAGAAAGAGAAAGAAGAGAUUAUUGCACAGAUUACUAUAUUAGAUCAGGAGAUUAAUCAAGUUGAAUCCAAGAUUAAAAAUCUACAAAAGAAACAGGAUCAAUUAGAGAAAGAUACAGCCAAACCUCAAGAAGAAAAGAGAGUAUCACCUGAAUUAAAUCAAACAGAACCUAAACAUCAGAGUAUAGCACAGAUUAUUUAUGCUGAAAAUAGGAGGAAAGCAGAAGAGGCUCAUAAGAUGUUAAGCAAAUUGGGACCCAAAAUAGAUUUACCAUUGUAUCAUCAACCUUCAGAUACAGCUAUAUAUCAGGAAAAUAAACAAAAGUUUCAAGUUUUUAAGAAGAGACUUAUCUUACAUCUGAAGAAACGGCAUCAGGCUAGAAGAAUUAGGGAGAAAUACUUGACUGAACGCUACGACCAACUCAUGCAGACAUGGCUGAAGAAAAUGGAAAGACUUGAAAAUAAUAAAAAUAGAAAAACCAAAGAAGCCAAAUCUCGGGAAUUUUAUGAGAAGUUAUUUCCAGAAAUUAAAAAAGCAAGAGAAGAUCGAGAACGGUUUCAAAGUCGAGUGGGUACAAGAGGCAGUAUAGCAGGUUAUGCUAGAAGUGAUGCUGAAUUAGAGCAGAUAGUAGAUGGUCUUAAUGAACAGGAGGAAGAAGAGAAGAAGAUGAGAAGUUUUUCUGUAAUUCCACCGAUGAUGUUAGACGCUCAACAACGUAAGAUGAAGUUCAUCAACAAUAACGGGUUGAUGGAAGAUCCAAUGGCAGAAUAUAAAGAAAGUCAAGCUUUAAUCAAAUGGACUGAACAAGAAAAACAAAUCUUUAAAGAAAAAUAUCUUCAACAUCCUAAAAACUUUGUUCAUAUUUCAACAUUUUUACAGAAAAAGAGUGUACCUGAAGUUAUACAGUUUUAUUAUCAAAGUAAGAAGAAAGAAAAUUAUAAACAGUUACUAAGGAAACAAAACAUGAAGAAAAGAAGACCAUUUAAGCCCCAACCCGUUGUACCUAAAGAGGAACCAAAAGAAGAACCUAAACCAGAAGUAAUAGAAGAACCCGCUAAAGAAAGUACUAGUACAGCUAGUACUACAAUAAAGAAAGAAGAUGAAGUAAAAGAUGUAGAAGAUGAAUCAUCAGAUGAAGAUGGGAACACCACACAUCAAACAGAGGCUGAUGGUGGAGCCCAUGAAUGUGCUGUAUGUAAAACACAGCUAGAACAUUUUGGAUUAAGUCGACCAUUAACAUGGAGUAAUUGUGAUUUAUAUGGUUUAAAAGAAAGUGAUUUAAAAUCUGAUAUGAGAGUUUGUAGUAGUUGUAGAUGCCGAUCAGUUAGACGUAGAUAUACGCAGUUAAGGUGUCCUGUUCCUACUUGUAAAACCCCAAAACGCAAGAUGAAGAGGCUACGUCCAUUACCACCAAAAUGGGGAGAACUGUCAGCAGAGGUCAAAGAUGUUAUUGUAAAAGAUUUACAAUUAACAGAAGAGAUCAAUAAAUGUUGUUCGGCAUGUUUUAAUAGAAUAGCUAGAAAGAUGGGGAAUAAUCCACAAACUAACGAACCACUGGUACAAACAGUUCCUGAAAAUACAGAUGAAAUUGUAGAAACAUCUAGAUGGACAGAGGAAGAAAUGGACAUUGCAAAGCAAGGUUUACGAGAACAUGGAAGAGAUUGGGCAGCCAUUGCAAAUGUUGUUGGAUCGAAAACAGAAGCUCAGUGUAAAAAUUUCUAUUUUAAUUACAAGAAGAAGUUUAAUCUAGAGGCCAUCAUAGCAGAACACAAAGAAAAGAAUGAGGACAAGAGAACUGUUUCUAUGUCUGAAAGUGUAGCAUCAACGAUGACUGCCCAUUCAGAUGAUGAGUUAUCUCUAUGUGAAGAAGAUAAUGGAGAAGAUAAUGGUGAUGAUUCUGAUACCACUAGUGCUCCUAGUCCUACACCAAUGCAGAUUGAUGAAGCUGGAGAUGCAGUUAAGCUUGAGAAACCAGCUGUCCCUGACUCUACGAUUACAGCAUUGCCCCAGGUUGAUACACUUGCUGACAAAACAUUAAGUGCUUCACAAGGUAGUUUACGUAGUAUACCAGAUAAUGACAGCAGUGCCACCUUGAGUGCUGAUGAGGGGCCUGGACCUGGAACAGGGGGAAUAACUGGCAGUGGUAGCCAUCAUGGUCCAACAUCUCGUCCAUCCUCUACUGGAGGACCUGUUCCUGUUAAAGUUACCUAUGCUGCACCAGCAAUAGGUACUCCAACAUUAUCACCAGUGUCUCAAGGGCAUGUUGUAUCACGAAUGCCAGGUCCACUACCAUCUUCUAACAGAUAUGGCUCUGGUCAGACGAUGCCUGGUCAAUCUCCUCACAAUAGCUUACCCAUGGAUGUCAAAAUACACAGUCCAAGACCAGCUUCCUCUCCAGGCCUUCCUCCAGGUCGAAUAUGGCACAGUGCUAGUCCAUCUUUCAGUCAGUCAUCUCGUCCUCCAAGCAGAGAUGUACAGGUCAUUGACUACUCGUCCAAUCAGAUUUCACAAUUCCCAGGACGCUUAACCCCUCAUGAUAGUCGACUUUCUCCGAGACCCCCUAGUGGACAUUCUGAAAAUAGUCGCAGUGCAGUUUCUCCUCACAUCCAACAAGGAAACCAGUUUGUUGAAAAGAAAGCUCCCUGUGUGCGAGAUUUGAUUAAUUCAGCUAUUGAGAGAAAUUUGAGUCAGCCUGCAGCAGGUCAAGCACAAGAUAUAGGCGUUGCUAUAACUAAACAAAUUCCUAUCAGUGGGUUGCCACAUGUUGGUCAACCACAAGAUUUAAGAACUUUGAAGGAUAAAGGCUUAGAACAAGUGGCUAUGAUGCAUCAAGUUGAUACACGAACAGGAAUUCCCUAUGCAGUUCCCCGAUAUGCUGAUCGUGAACCACCAGAUGCUCGUCAUACACGGGAACCUGAGAUUCAGGACUAUUCUCGACGUGUAGAUAUGGAUAGAGGUCCUCAUGGUUACAAAGGUGAUCCAAGAGACUUUGAAUCACCAAGGCAAAGAAUGAUGCUUGAUCCUUACCCUAGACUGCCCGAUCAGGCUUUGGCAAAACCUAUGGGAGCCCCUCCUCCUGCUCACUCGCAUCAUUCUCACCAGACUCGACCUGAAAGUAGGGGAAAAUCUCCUUCAAUUUAUCCCUCUGAGCAUUCAAGAUCAUUGUCACCAGCUGUUCGAGGUAUACCAACAUCUGCAGGGUCACCAUAUGAUCCUUCAAGGCAUUCACCAGCCAACCGUGGAGGAAUUCCUCCGCCUCCACCUCUCAUUAACAGCACUUCUUCAAAAAUGUCCCCUAAACUUGCUAGAUCCCCUCCUGUGAGUUCGAUGUCUCUUCUUCCUACAGGAUCCAUUACACAUGGUACACCUGGGGUUCAAUAUCUGAGUGCUCCAACCCAUGCAGUUCAGGCACCAUCCAGACGUUCAGAAGGUUUACCAAGACAGACUACACCACCACGAGUGGAGGGUUCUAUUACAAAAGGUACUCCAUUGAGUCGUGAAGGAAUGGGAAGGGGAGUUCCCGGUCAGAUGGAUGUUCGGAUGAUGGAUCCUAAUGUUGGAAGAGGUCAUGUUAUGUAUGAAGGAGGUUUUAGACAAGGUGUACCCUCAGGAUUUUCGGAAAGAGGUCAGCAGCAACCUAUGGAAAUGUCUAAAGGACAGUAUCCAUACCAAUAUUCUUAUCAAGAACAGGCAGUUCCUUACAGUUCUAAAGCUACUUUGGUUAGUGAUUUCUUUACAGCUCAGCAAAUGCAUAGACGAUCUCCAGCUGCACCAGAAAAGGAAGGAGGGCGUCUUUCUCCAGCAGGUGGUCCUCCUCAAAGACCAUUUCCUGGAGGAAUUGACCCUCGCAUGCCACAUCCUCAAAUGCCUCCUUACAGUACACAGGGCAUGGUUUACCUCCCUCAUCCAAGUCAAGUAGCAGUUUCUUCAAGUGACAGACAACCAAAGUCUUCUCCAUAUCCACCUCAAUGUUCCCCAUCACCUCGUGAAGAUAAACCAAGAACCUCUUGGGUACAAGCUGGAAUGUCUCAUCAACCAGUAACUGUGGCAGGUUUGCCAGUUAAUCCUCACUAUCCUCCCAGGCCAAGUAUCGUUGCUGGAACUGGAAAACCAAAUCAGCAGCUUCUACCAGAUAGUACAAGCGUUCAACAAAGACAAGCUGUAUCACCACGCCAUGUUGAAAUGAGUCAACAUCUAGGAGUGCCCCAAAGAGAUGGAAGACGUCAUACUUCACCAACAGGGAUGAGACCAAAUUUUAGGCAGGGUAUGGAAGUAGAACAGCCAGAUCAUAGAAAUCAGCGUCAUCCUGAUCAUAUUCAGAUGGCCAUGGUAGAAGCUGCAAGAGCAAGAGCUGAGCAAGAACAUUACAGGCCCAGGGCUAGCACUAACCCAGAUCAACCAGUCGUCAUUACAGAUGGUGAUUCUUCUCCAGGAGAUUCCAAUAGAACAAACUUAUUGACCGAUCCAGACUAUUUCAGAAAAAAGUUUCCAGGCGUAUCUGUUGGGAAUGGAAAUGCAUUAAUGUUAACCGCUUUCCAGAAAGAUAGAGAACAGCCUCCAGUUACUGUAGUUGAAAACCAAUCAGGUCCCCCCAAAAGUCUUACAGCUGCCACACUGAUAGACGCCAUCAUCACCCAUCAGAUUAACCAAACUACUGAGGACAAAAAGGAUAGAAAGUUACAAGGGCAGAGACACCAAGAACAUCAACGAAUUAUUAAAGAGGAACGUGAGUAUGAAAACAUGAGCAGUUUUGGCAAAUCAAAGCAGAUGUAUCAACAACAAGCACAGCAACAGCAGCAUUCUGAAAAUCCCAGUGCUUAUGGUCAUCAGGAUCCAGAGAAGGUUCAGCCUCCAGGAAUUGGUUAUCCCCCUCUUCCUCUGGGGAGAUCCCCACUACCACAUGAUACUAGGCCAAGUAUUGUAUCUGGUCAGGGUGGACAUCAGAAUCAGCAAAUGGAAAGAGAAGCUGACACAAGUCGAGGUCCAACAAGUGAAGGUGAAGACCCGUCCAAAUCAGGCAUUACACUAGGAGAACACAUCCAUGCUAUAAUCAUAGGAGACUAUCAACAGAAGAAGAUGCAAAGUCCUAAAGGAACAGCUAGUUUAUUAUCACAGAUCAGUAAUUCUAGUAUGACAGGAAACCAGAAUAACCCUUCACCAUACCUCCAUCCAGAUCGUAAUCUAGCUGCACCACAUCCUAGUGUUACACCACCCAUCUCUAGAAUGUCACCUAGUGAGAGUUACCUGGUUGGUUCAACAACAGAUUCUAGACCACGUAGUUUAUCUGCUGGCGGGGCAGCAGCUCCUUAUGGUGGUUAUCAAAACUGGAAAAAACGAGCUUCCCAACAGCAAGAACAAGAGCAUCUAACAGCAUCUAAUCCUGAUAUAAGUGUUAUAGUAUCUUCCCACCAAGAUACACAACAGCCAUCUCAACAUCAACUGCAUCCUAGUCAAGGGGGACAACUCCAUCCAGAUCAAUCUAGAUCCCCAAUGCAGUCAUCCUCGCCAACUGUACCUAGUGUUAUGGCUGAAACACCGACUUCUACAGAGAUGAGUGAGCAUGGUAGUAAUAAAGGUUCACCAACAUCAACAGUUGGUCCACAACAACUUACACUUGGUAACCUCAUGGCACGAACUAAAACAGGCGUAGCUGAUAGUACGGCAACUGGUAGUUCUUCUGAUGUAUCUGGUGGACAGAAAACCAUGGAGAUAUCUCCACAAGAAUAUGUCAAAAAUCAGAUAGAGAAAGUACUUCGAGAAGAUCCACAAUCCACUGAUAAGCUUUCCACCAAUCAACAAUCUCGCCUGCAAUCAGGUGACAAGCCCUUGGCAGCUCCCCAACAAAGACAACAAUCGAACAUGUCUCCAUAUCCAGGUUGGCCUGCCCAACAUCAUGGAGAAAUGAGACCUAAGGACCCAGCUAUUAAUGAACAGAAGGGGGCUGAAGAAGCAAAUCAGUCAGCUAAGUCACAAAUGGGUGUUUUUUCACAAUCUGCUGAUCCAUCUGACCCUAACUCAGUUCAUCAACAGGCACCGUAUAUGAAGAAGAGGAUAAUCGGCAAUAGAUCCCGUGGCAAAGAGGAACCAACUGGAAAAUUUAGUCAACCUCAAACCCCUAGAGAACCCUCACGCCACUCACCCAUGCAAGCCACCAAGUCCAGUAAACCUGGAGGUCUACAAGGUCUACACAAAAAAGCUCCCCAAUCAGAAUAUGAUUUCCCUGAUAGUCCUGAUGAUUUGGAGCCUGGUAAAAAACCUAGUAGUUACAUGGCCAUGUCUGUUGCAGCUCGUAGCCCCAGACGUGGAAAUGUUGAUAGUUCAGAUCACGGCAAAGGUGAAGGAAAUAUAGGAAGUUCCGUUGACGAUGGACAGAGCAGAGAUGGAGAGAAGAUAUCUUCAAGUGAUGCUCCUGGGUUUGAAAGUAUGGAAGGUAGUGAUACUAGACAUUCAGUUUCAGGGUCUAGAGAUAAUGACGAUAACUCAAAUGUUUCCCACGCAAGUGUUGACAGUACCCAGUCAGAUAAUAUGGUCAUUGAUGAAUCGGCUAAUAUUGACAGUUCAACCAAUUUUGAAACAUCUGACAGACCACGUUCCUCAAAAUCUUCUUCUCCUCGUACUCAAAUAAAUAGUCCUCAGUGUUCUGAAGUUUCCUUUGAACAAUCGGAUGCUUCCCAAGAAGUUCAUGGAACAACAGGGUUUGUUCAGCGAUCUCGAAGUCCACGUUCAUUGGAUGGGAAUUACCUGGCAUCAGGUGAUGCUUCCCGACCUCACACUGGUGCAGAUUCAAGUGUGGUUGUGACAACUGGUGCAGGAAGUUAUUAUUCUGGAGGUCAACAGGUCGUAUCUAGCGUGACCCAGCCCCGUGUAUAUCAGAGAAAUGAACCUGCUGUUAUAUUAUCAUCACAGUAUGAAACAUUAUCAGAUGAAGAUUGAACUAUAUAUCGCUAAAUUUUACUAACUUGACACCUAACAGUUAAAGUCUCUGAGCGUCAUUUGGAUUAUUUAACAUUUAAUAAAAAGAAAAUUAAAAGACAAUCUCUCAGACUGGAUCAAGUCAGUUUAAAAAGAGGCCUAUCAAAACAACAGGUGAUGCUGACUUUUGACCAUAUCCAGUUUAUAGCGUACACUGAGAAUGCAGAAUGUUGACCAUCCUUCUUAAUACGGACAAAUUGGAACCAUCUUUGGACUUAUUCCUUUGACAAUAUUGAAGUUGAAAGGGAUUCCUUAAUUCCUCAAAUGAUAUCCAGAGACUUUAAGUCAGUAGGUUAUGUGUGUUGGUUUAAUCAGAUUAAAAUCAUUAUGGACAUAUAUUUAUGUUGCUAUCCUACUGUUGAUUAGACGAUUUCUGUUGAUUACACAACAUCACUUGAUCACACAACAUCUGUUGAUUAGACGACCUCUGUUAAUUACAGAGGGAUUGGGUGACUGAAUGGUCCAACGUGUGUGCUUUAGGUCAUGAGGUCUAGCAUCGAGUCAAGUGACGUGGUUUCGAUUCCCAGCUUGUACAUGACAAAGGAGUAGGGUGGCCUAUUCCAGCUUGUAGGUUUUCUUCAGGUCCUCCCACUCCUAAAGACCCCUAUUGAACCAUAUCCCAAAUGACCUAGUUUGUGCCAAGUAGACAUUAAACCCCAUUACAAUCUCUCUGUUGAUUACACGACUUGUGUAAGGUUAGAUAUUUCUACAGUGACAUCCUUAAAGAUGAAGUCAAGUUGACUUAAAAGAUACUUUCUAGCGUAUAAUUUGGACUAAAAACAUAUUCAAAUUAAUUAAUCUAUCGAAAAUUUGCUUCAAAUCCCUCUCAAAACUUUGUAUUCAUCGUCAGAUAGCGCAAGCUAUAAAUAAACUGUUGUUAGUUGCGGUGCCAGUAAGCACAAUUCAUUGAGGGAGGAUCCAUUUUUCAGAAUGUAUUUUUCGUUACUUACUGUCCGUUUAUCAUACAUAUUGAGGCCUAAGUAACUUCUUAAUUAUUUUUUUUCAACUACAUUUUCCGUCAUUUAAUUACAGAGUCUUUUGUAAGUUGACACCCCUCAAUGUUCCCAAAACCGCCUAACCAUUUGAUCAAGAAAUAACAAUCGCUCCUUCAGUCAAGCUAGCACACAACAAGCUAGCAGACAACAGUCAGGUUGCCAGUUAGUGAUACCCAGACAUUUUUGUCCAGUGCUUGCCCCAUGGGUGUUUUUCGUGUAAUCCAGUAUUUCUCUAGUUUAAGGGCUAAUCCUGAUAAUAUUUUGGAGAAUAAAACUGGUUAAUUUUGUGUUAAAAUCACUUAAAAUCCUCUACCUUGGGGCCGAACAACUAACUCAAUAUAUUUGAUACGUUUUCAAACAACUUAAACUGGUCAGUCUUCACCUGUAAGUGGGGACCGGUGCCCAAAGCUGUAUUAUGUGGUGUCUGGAUAAAACCAGCCUUUUAUUUUAUAAAAAUAAUGUGUAGGUGAAAUUUACCUUUCGUUAUCAAGUACAGCACAUGGGUCAUUCACUGUAUAAACCUCUAAAGAAACAGGAAUCGAUUAUCAGGUCACCCAAGGAAAAAAUUGACCCGAAAUCUUAAAAGGGUUACGUGUCCGGAUAAGCAGUUUUCACGUUCACGUCCAAAUGACUCAAUAUUUUGAGCUGAAAUUUUGAGACAGGGUAAAUACACCAUUCCUCUAUAUUUUGGCGCUUAACUUUCAUAUGUACUCGGACUGUUAAUUUUGAGACUCUGUUCAAUUCGGGAUAGUCCCUUUAAAUUGAAGGUCUAUACUUUCCAUAUAUACCAAAUUUGCCAUAUUUAUAUUGGAAAAAAAACCCUGAUAAAUACUUUCUGGACAAUGUAUCAUUAAAAACAAAUGAAGUCUUAACCAACCAAUUUGACUUUAAAGACUUUGAAUUAUGAAUUUAUGUAUAAUUUGUAACCAUGGUUAUAUGAGUGUAAAUUUGUUUAUAAUAUUAUAUGUCAGUUAUGAAGUAGUAUAUUUGCUAGUAUUAUUAGAGACAGAGAUAAUAUAAUUAACUAAUACUGGUGUUUUAUCAUUGAUGUGAUUUUUGGUUGAAAUGGCUAAUGUAAAAUAGUAUGAUGCUUGUUUGACUGUUAUUUUUAGUGCCAAUCAUUUAUUUUUGAAUUGGCUAAUCAUUUAUUAAAUUUUGUAAUGUAACUCUUACAUUAAAUAUUAUAUUGUAUCGCUCGCUAGAUGUGUCCUGUAAAUUUAACUUAUGAAUUAGUUAUGUUCCAAAAGGUGCCAUAACUUCGUAGACAUUGUUUAUAACGCAUUACUUGAGAAAUGCUAAUAUAGGAAAUAUAAGAUUUGAAUAUCAAUACUUGAUAUAUACACAUCUAAAAUAUAAAUACUAGUACUGGUAUUUAAUUUUAUAGUUGUCUGUCUUUUAUCAUUCAUCUUCCGUAAGUCAACAUCCCUAUCCGACUCAUUUAAACAAUAAAACCCACACAAAAAUAGUCAUCAUAUUAACGGCACAGUUUAAUAAUCUAAACUCACUUCUCUAUGGAAUAACAAUUACAGGUUUAUUAACUUUUCCAUGAUGAUACAUUCAUGGAAACGUUACAAUUCAAUAAACCAGGAAUUGUUAUUCCAUACAUCAUUACUAAAUACCACUGAAAGAAGUUAAUGUAAACUGUAAUUGUAUUGGGAUGCCUAAACAUCUAGUCUUUAUCGCAGAUUUUAACAAAACUAUGUUAUACAUGUAUAUAUCAUCAUUGUGUUGUGUAACAUUCAAAAUAUGUCUUCAUCAUUUGUAAACUGUGUAUGUACAUUAUAGAUGGGCAUUUCUUAUUAUAAUAUGAAUUCAGUGAGUUAUUAACAGUUAUGGUCUUUCUGACCUGGCCCUAGUUUCAUGGUAUUUAUCUUACCUACAACAUGUACCUAACAUUUAUUGAUAACUGUGGGCUUUCUUCACUAUAACUUCUAACAAGCAAAUUAACAUUAUUUGAAAUAUACCAUUCCCCAUGGUUUUGAUAUAUGGGUAAGGCGACCUUAAUGUAAUAAUGUUAAUAAUGUACUCAAUAAAUAAAAAAGAGUUCAAAAUAGAGUUGUCUUGUUCCGUUUAAAAUUUAUAAAUAACUCUUUUGUUAUUUAUUGAUUACAUUAUUAACUGUACAACUAACUGCACCUUGUAACCAGGGCACAGUACUGUAACCUUACCCAUAUUUUAUAUUAAAUGGUAUGAAAUGUUACUUAAAGGAGCUAAAUCGCUAACAUUUGGGACCUAGAAAUUCACAAAAGAGGGGCGCAACGCAUAUAAUACUGUAAUAUGAAUGUAUAUAAACUGAUUUACAUUUAAUGGUUUCAGUUUUUACUCCAAUUUCAAAUCAGUUAUGUUCGACGAAAUAAGUCGGCAAUCUAAAUCGAGUGCAAAUUUCUAGCGUCUAGUUAUUCUAGUCUACAUAACUCCAUUUGAUUUGGUGCAAUGUGUCUAGCCUCGUCCCUCGAGUCUCUCAAUACAACUGGGGCUGAAGCGCAUUAUGGUACUCGAUUCCUGUACCAAUGUUAAAAAAAAAUUUUUAUCUUAAAUAUCGGAUAUCAGAAGAUCAUCUUUUCCCGGUAAGUUUGCAUCAUCAAUGUUGAUUUAAAUUGACCAAUAAUUCGGGUUUUCGAUGUCGAAGAUUUUGGAGGAUUUUGAGUUACGGACUUGGGUCCUUUAAUACAUGUUGUAAAACAAGCUGUUUAUCAUAACAUUAUAUCACUUCAACAAAAGUUAUUUGUGCAGGCUUUAAGUUAUCCUUGUCAUGUUAUUUGUAAAUUGAUGGAAUAAAACUUCCGACAUGUUA